CCGAGCCGGGCGCGUCACUAGCUCCGGGCAUCCACGGAGCCUGGCCGCUCGCUGGGGCCGGACGAUGGGCAGCGAGCGCGACCCCUGAGCCACCGAAGCCCGCUGGCUGCAGCUGCCGCCGAGGAACCAAGUCCGCCACCCGCGAAACUACUACCCACCCUCCAGCAGCUGCGGCUGCUGCUGACAAACCAAGCAAGGUUCGCUUUCCCGCCCUUUAUCCCCCCCCUCCGCGCGCCCUCCCGCGGCGACCCGGGAUGUCUCCGGCGGGCUGGGAGGCGCUGGUGGCUCUGGCCGCCGUGGCCGCUUGCCUGGCGGAGGGCGUGCGCGGCGGCGGCGGCUACGGCGGAGGUGGCGGCGGCGGUCUGAGCAUGUUCGCUGUGCAGACGGCUCCUCAGCCGGACCCUUGCUACGACGAGAACGGGCACCCGCGUCGCUGCAUCCCGGACUUCGUGAACGCCGCGUUCGGCAAGGAGGUGAAGGUGUCGAGCACGUGCGGCCGCCCCCAGGGGCGCUACUGCGUCCUGGCCGAGAAGGGCGACGAGCGCAGCCGCACUUGCCACUUGUGCGACGCGGCCGACCCGAAGCGCGCGCGCCCGGCCGCUUACCUCACGGACCUCAACAACCCUCACAACCUGACUUGCUGGCAGUCCGAGAGCUACGUGCAGCACCCGCUCAACGUGACGCUGACGCUGGCGCUGGGCAAGAAGUUCGAGGUGACGUACGUGAGCCUCCAGUUCUGCUCCCCUCGGCCCGAGUCCAUGGCCAUCGCCAAGUCCAUGGACUUCGGCAAGACGUGGGUGCCCUUCCAGUUCUACUCGACGCAGUGCCGCAAGAUGUACAACAGGCCCAGCCGCGCCGCCAUCACCAAGCAGAACGAGCAGGAGGCCAUCUGCACCGACUCGCACACCGACAUGAGGCCUCUGGCCGGAGGCCUCAUCGCCUUCAGCACCCUCGACGGGAGGCCCUCGGCGCACGACUUCGACAACUCGCCCGUGCUGCAGGACUGGGUCACGGCCACCGACAUCAAGGUGGUCUUCAGCCGCCUGCACACGUUCGGCGACGAGAACGAGGAUGACUCCGAGCUGGCCCGAGACUCCUAUUACUACGCCGUCUCCGACCUGCAGGUGGGCGGGCGCUGCAAGUGCAACGGGCACGCCUCCCGCUGCGUGCGCGACCGCGACGACAACCUCGUGUGCGACUGCAAGCACAACACGGCGGGGCCCGAGUGCGACCGCUGCAAGCCUUUCCACUACGACCGGCCCUGGCAGAGGGCCACCGCCCGAGAGGCCAACGAGUGCGUCGCUUGCAACUGCAACCUACAUGCCAGAAGGUGCCGUUUUAAUAUGGAACUCUACAAAUUAUCUGGUCGCAAGAGUGGAGGUGUCUGCCUUAAUUGCCGCCACAACACAGCUGGUCGUCACUGUCACUACUGUAAGGAAGGGUACUAUCGGGACAUGACCAAACCAAUCACCCACAGGAAAGCAUGCAAAGCAUGUGAUUGCCAUCCCGUGGGUGCAGCUGGAAAAACCUGUAAUCAAACCACAGGGCAAUGUCCCUGCAAAGAUGGCGUGACGGGCAUCACUUGCAACCGAUGUGCCAAAGGUUACCAGCAAAGCAGAUCUCCCAUUGCCCCCUGCAUAAAGAUACCUGUUGUUCCUCCCACCACUGUGGCCAGUAGCACAGAAGAACCCGCAGACUGCGAUUCAUACUGCAAGGCAUCCAAAGGGAAACUGAAGAUCAACAUGAAGAAGUAUUGCAAGAAGGACUAUGCUGUCCAGAUCCACAUCCUGAAAGCAGAUAAGGCUGGAGAAUGGUGGAAGUUCACAGUCAACAUCAUCUCUGUGUACAAGCAAGGGACAAACCGGAUACGGCGCGGUGACCAGUUCCUUUGGAUACGCUCCAAGGACAUUGCCUGCAAGUGCCCGAAAAUCAAACCCAUGAAGAAAUACUUGUUGCUGGGCCACGACGAGGAUUCCCCUGACCAGAAUGGCAUCGUGGCAGACAAAAGCAGCCUUGUUAUACAGUGGAGGGACACAUGGGCUAGGCGACUGAGGAAGUUCCAGCAACGGGAAAAGAAGGGGAAGUGCAAGAAAGCCUAGGGGGAGAGAACUGGAGAUGGGGGGAGAGACUGAACAUACUGCUUUGCGUAGGACUUGAAGCAGACGCGAAUGGGAUUAGGGUCACUGGCAAGAAGCUCACUUUGCAUUAUGUGUGAUGGGGCGGGGGGCAAAGGAGGGGUUAAUAACUUCUGUGAGACAUGCCAAUUAUGCACCUCACAAUACAGAAAAACCACAAAAUGUAGUGACAAGAGAAGUGACAAGUUUAGAGAAGGACAGCCACGCGAGACCCUACUCACCAUAGUAACAAAUGUUAGGCCAGUUACUAGUUCCCAUCAUCCCCUUUGACUUUCAUUCUCUCUUUAUUUCUGUCUAAUCAGAAGAAUGACCAACUGCCUUAAGUUCUCUAACAUCAACUAGUCUUAAAGUCUAGGCACAGAAAGGACUCAACCUGUCACUGAAGCAAAUAUAAAGAGAGAUGUUGAAGUUGGACAGAAAUCGCCCUUUGACUACAUCUCCUCCAAAGGAGAUUAAAUCACAUUCUUAUUGGUUGGAAAGAUGGAGCAUAUGGAUCAUGGCUUGAAACCAAUUUCUGGGGCUAUAAUUAAAUGAACAGCAAACAAGCAGCCUGAGUAGCUCAUCCAUUAUCUGCCAUGCAGCAUUUAAUGGACUGGGUCACCUUUUUAUUAGAAUCUAAUCAAAGUUCACAGAGAUAUAAGCUACUUACCCUGCAUACAAGGCAGUCAGUAGAGGGGUGCUUUCUUGAAAAUGCAGCCCCAGACUAAGGUCUUAUUGCCUGACUUUAAAAGGCACUCUGCUAAGGAAAGAAAGCUGACAGCUAUGAAGUAUCGAUGGAGCAAUUGAAAUAAUAAUUACUUAACAGCAAUAUCUGAAAACAUGACCACCACCGAUCUAAUGGGUAAUCUAAAGAAUUAGUCAAAUAUAAAUGACUGGGA